CACCCAGUUUACUGUGUCAAUGUGGUCGGCACCCAGAAUGCCCACAAUCUGAUCAGUGUGUCCACCGAUGGGAAGGUCUGCUCCUGGAGCCUGGACAUGUUUUCUCAGCCUCAGGACAGCAUGGAGCUACAGUCCAAGCAGAACAAGCCAGUGGCGGCCACCUGCUACAGCUUCCUCUCAGGAGAUGCCAACAAUUUUAUUGUAGGCUCCGAGGAAUGUUUGGUCUACUCCGCUUGUAGACAUGGGAGCAAAGCUGGGGUCAAUGACGUGUUUGAGGGUCAUCAGGGUCCCAUCACUGGCAUAGACACACACAGAGUGUCCGGACAAGUCGACUUCUCCCAGUACUUCCUCACGUCUUCCUUUGACUGGACGGUCAAACUCUGGAGUAUGAAGCAACCAUAUUACAUCCACUCUUUUGAGGACAACAAUGAUUACGUGUAUGAUGUCAGGUGGUCACCAAUACACCCCGCCCUCUUUGCCAGCGUGGAUGGAGAAGGCCGGCUGGAUCUGUGGAACCUUAAUAAUGAGACAGAGGUGCCAACCGCUUCCAUUGUUAUUGAUGGGAAACCAGCACUGAACCAGUGCAGAUGGCAUGAAACUGGGCACCACAUCAGUGUUGGAGACAAUAAUGGCCGCAUUCAUGUGUACGAUGUGGGAGAGCACAUUGCAAACCCUAAGUCUGACGAGUGGUCGAACUUUGUCCACGCACUGCAAGACAUGAAACAACAUGCAGCGGAGAGGGAAGAGGACUCGACCCUGGCAAAAGAGGCAGCCCCUGCUAGAUAA